AUGUCUUCCUCUCCAUGGAACCAUACUUACUACACCAACACAACAACAACGCCCACGGUGUCUCCCUCGCCGUGGAACCAGAAUUACUCUCCUUACUACAAGUCUCCGUGGAUCUAUCAGACCCGAACCAUCGAGGAUGAUUUGGACAACAGUUUGAUCCGGAGUUUCGGAAGUGUUGCGAAGUGUUGCGAAGUGUUUGAAGUUGUUUGCAAAGGAGUUUCUCCUUAUGUUUACUUGUUCACUAAAGUGAUCAACGCGUUUUGCAAGAGAGGGAGAGUGGAGGAGGGUAUUAAGUUGUUGGUGAAGAUGGAGGAAGCUGGUGUUGUGCCGAACGUUGUGACGUACAACACUGUUAUUGAUGGUCUUGGAGUGAUUGGGAGGUACGAUGAGGCGUUUAUGUUUAAAGAAAAGAUGGUGGAGAAUGGUGUGGAACCUACUCUGGUUACUUAUAGUGUUCUUGUUAAGGGCUUGAUCAAGGCUAAGAGGAUUUGGUGA